UCUCACAUCCUCUUUCCAUUUGCGCUAGAUACUCUUUUCAAGUCGCAAGCCACGUGAGAGACAAUUAUUAUGGACAAACCAGUCGUUUUAGCACGUGUUAUUAAAGUCCUGGGUCGCACUGGCUCCCAGGGACAAUGUACCCAGGUGAAGGUAGAAUUUCUGGGCGAACAAAACCGGCAGAUCAUAAGGAACGUGAAAGGACCGGUACGGGAAGGCGAUCUCCUAACCUUGCUCGAGUCCGAACGUGAGGCGAGAAGGCUUCGAUAAUGCAUCAGCUUUAAUUAACAUCGAAAAACGGUCACCAGCUGUCGUCAUCGGACUUCAUCAGCUAUGGAUUUUCUAUCUGGAUCAUUCCACACCACGGACAAUUGUGGAUAAUGGAUAUCGACACGGUUUGAGAAGAUACUGCUGAUCGCGAAACGAGAACAUGUUCUGUUCUUGGAAACAUUCCUGUCACACAAGAAUUCCACUACUUUUGCAAUAAAUCUCGGCUGGUUACCACAAA